AUGUGGCCUCCGUCGUUCCUGCGGUCCGAUCACCGCACCAACCAUGUCAAACGCCAUCUCGCCAAGGCCGCCUCCAUGCCGACCGAAGCCGAGCCGUCCAUGUCGCUGCUUGAUCUCGAGCCCAAGCUUGCGCUCGAGCUCGGGCCCAGGUCCUCUGCCGCGUCG